AUUGGCAGUGAGGGAAAAUGGCUACCUCGGCUUGGCUGCAUGGUGCCGCUGCUAUGAGACUUACUGAGGGUUUAGUGUCGGUCCUUAAGGAGCAGCGUCCGGAGUAUCUGUCCGAGGUGUUGGCGAACUACAGGGAGCACGGCGUGUUUUCAGCGCAGGGCACCAGCGAUAUCGCGGGGCUUGUUGGGUUCAGCAAUGCUAAACUGGGCUGCAGCAAAACCAGGUUCGAGGGGCUGUGUCUGCUGUCCAUGCUGGUUAAAGACAGCUCCAGCGAUCUAUUCCAGCAGCACUGCCUCUCCUGGCUGCGCUCCCUGCAGCAGGUCAUACAGUCUCAGGCUCCAACUCAGACCAUUCAUUUGGCUGUAAACAUUCUGAAAGACCUGCUGCAGUACUCAUGCCAGCUAGCAGAACUUGCCAGGGAGGUUGGCCUCAACUGCAUCCUUGGUAUUUUAACGUCUCUCCUGGGCCUGAAGACAGAGUGUGAAUUUGCAGCCAUGGAGGGAAUGAAAGCUUGUAUGAUCUACUACCCCAGAGCUUGUGGGUCCCUCAAGGACAAACUCGGAGCCUAUUUUCUCUCCAAAAUGGACAGCACAAACAGGAAAACACAAGAGAUGGCCUGUCAGGGUUACAGCCGUUUGCCCUGUCUAGGGGGUCUGGCAGACAGGUCGGUGGGGACCGGCAGAGCUGAAGGCUGGACCAAUCAGAUUCAAUGUCUGCUGGCCUCAGCCAACGGCAUUCUGGCCGAGAUCUACCAAGGUUUCGAAACAGAUGAAGCUGUGCAGUACCGAGGUCCAGGUGUGGAGCUACCCUUUGCUCAUCUUGAUCAAAGCGAUCCGCUGCUCUUUCUGCAGCUCCAGCACAGAUAUACAGCUCUUUGCCUGGCAAUUAAGCACACACUCAGAGCGGAUCCUGCAUCAGCCGUACAGCUACCUGUCAGACCCAUACUCAACCUGGUGUGCCGAGCACUUGCUGUCAACUCCAAGAGUAUUAAUUUAACUGCAGAUGGAAGUCUGAGGUUGUUGGUGCUGCCCAGUAUUCACAUCAGCACGUUGGAGGUGCUGGCAGAGCUUAUCACAGUAGUCCGUAACGGCAUGAUCCAGUAUGCUGCUGUAAUACAGAGGCUGUUUUCUCAAACACUGUCUGCAUGGGCAGCUUCACCUGAAACUAAUGUUGGCCAACAAAGAGCUUACAGCUCAGUGAGGGUAUCUGUGUACAGAACCUUAGAACUAUGGGUCAAGCUUGUUGGAGCUUCAGCUAAUAUCCUUCAAGGAACCUCCAGCCAUGCAGAACUUCUGUUUAACCACUUGCUUGGUGACAUCACGCCUGGUGCAGAAUCUGUGAAGCUGCGCGCGGGUCUUUCGGUUGAUGUGGUUCCUGGAGGAAAACCUGGCCCUCGUAGAACAAAACCGUUAGUCAUAGCAGAUACAGUGGGCCCAUCACUCCAAAGAAAAGGAGACCCUCUGUCAAACCAGGAUACCUGCCUGUCAGCCCUCAAAGUGUUAAGAAGCAUCAUUCAGACCAGUGGGACACUUCUAAAGGAUGAUAUACACAAGCGGCUCCAUGAAGUGGUGUUGCCACUGUGUGUGCGCCUCCAGCAGCAGCAAUCCAGCAGCAUCGCUGCGUGUGAAUCUGUGGGAGGCAUCAGUGGGCAGUACAGCAGUGCCCUGACUCGACGUGAACUGUACAGGUUACUCCUGGCUUUGGUUCUUGUCCCAUCACCAUGCUGGCCUCCACCUCUGACCUGCACCGUGUCCAUUCUCAGCAACGGCCGCAUUGACCGUAGCCUCAAAGUGUCUUGUUUCUGUGCCGAAGCUCUGACCAUCUGUAAUUCAAUCCUCCAUCCCCGUACUCCGUCCAUAGCCCUUCCAUUGCCACCACUUGCCCUGAAACCCACACCCACUCCGUCAGUCCUCUCAUGUCCGGGCCCUACCCCAAGACUAGCAAUGUCAACCCUGCUAGGAGGCCCUGCCCCUGGACCUCCAUUCUCCGCCCGUCACCCUCUCAGCCUGGGCCCCAACUCUCUAUUGGGCUCUUUGGAGAACCAUCUCUCCCUGGUUCCAGGGCUGCCAGGCCAGGCUUCUGCUCCUGGAGACCUUAUGAUGUCCCCCCACACCCACUCCCAGCCAGAUCCUACUGGACUGUGUCCCACUGAGGGACAGAGGCCAGUGUUUGUCCGCUAUGACAAAGAGGAAGCAGAAGAUGUGGAAAUAUCUCUUGCGAGUGACUCAGAUGACAGUGUGGUGAUCGUUCCUCCAGGGAUGCUCAGUACGGAGAACCAGCUGGAUGACCCAGCAACAAACUCUCAGAACAUCCUCUCCUCUACGCCAUGUGGCGCAGGUAUUGCAUUACCUGGAGGAGAUGCUGUCACCAUGGUUCCCACUACAGCAGCACCAACGACUUUAGAUGUUUCCUCACUGCCCAAUGAUCUGGUCACCUCCUCUGCACUUCUCACCACUUCCAGCACCCCCGUUAACUCCUUCCCUCCCUCCAGUGGCUCAGUGGUCUCCCUGGUUUCAUCAUUGAGCUCCAGCUCAGCCUCUGCUCCUGCUGGUGGCCUGGCAGACUCGAUGGCAGUUAAGCCCCAGCUCCAGCAGAUGUUGAUGCAGCCCUCUGCCUCAGGGCAGUCCAACCCCAUGGCUCUGCCACUUCAGAUGCACCAGCUGCAGAACCAGCUGGCCCAACAGGGCCGUCACCUCCACCAGCACCCUCCUGCGCCUGCCUCUAAUGAAGAAUCAGCAGUCAUUAACAUUAACAGCACUGACGAUGAGGAUGAAGAUGAAGAGGAUAUGGAGGAUGAAGAAGAGCUGGAUGAGGAGGAUGGCAUGGAUGAGGAGGAUGAGGAGGAAGAAGGCAGUGAAGAGUUUUAUGAGGGGGAGGAAUAUGAGGAUUUUGAUGAAGAAGAUGCUGAAGAGCUGGAAGAGGAAGAAGAGGAUGAAGAUGGGGACAUGCCACCUCUGGAGGGAUCAGAAGACAAGUCAGAGGAGGUGACUAUGGAGGAGGAAGAGGAGAAAGCACUCCGAGCAGAAGUGGAAGAAGGGGAGGUGGCUGGAUUGAAUGUGGAGGGAGACACAGGAGGUGGCAUAGAAGAACUCCAGACCAGCAGAGCAGUGUUUGGAGAAGAGAGGAUGAAGGUCCAGGAGGUGGAGAGCAUUGGAGUUUUAGAAGAAGCACGGGAAGGUGAUGGAGAGGAGGAUGAGAGCGAGCGGAUGGACGAUCCCACCAUGCCUCAAAUCCUUUGUGUUACUGGAGGAGCGCUGGAAGAGAGAUGUGAGAGCAGCGAAGAGGCUGCAGAAGCAGCUGGAGAGCUUCAGGAGAAGAUGAAGUUGUGGGAUCAAAGUGUCAGGGAGAACGAGCCGAUAACUGCUGCAGAGGAAGGAUCAACCAAUCACAGUCAGCAGGAAUCUGUCGCUGAAAGUGCUCAAGAAGCUGCUGUGAGAGAAGAGCAGCCAUCCACUGAACAGCCAGCAGUCGGUGAGGACGUCGCCUCAGCAGGAGGAACAGAGGAGGAGGAGGAGGAGGUCCUAGCUGCUCAGAGUAUUACAGAACAGGAGCAGACUGAGGCCGACCAAGGAGAUUUAAAGGAAGCAGAAAGGGCAACGCCUGAAGGAAGAGGAGAAGGGGAAGAGGCAGGAGGAAAAGAACAAGAAAAGGAGAGUAACAUUGAGGAGGACAAAGGGAUGAAGCGGAAGAGAGAGGACGAAAACAUAGAGGAAGAAGAGGGGCCAAGUCCUGAAAAGAAAAAGGAGGAUGAAACGAUGGUCUCCAUGUUGGCAGAUUUUGUCGCGGUUCCACCUGAUGAUGAAGAAGUUGCCUCAGGAUCGAACCGUUCAUAAACACCCGCCCAUCUGAACAGAUGGGAUUGAAUUUAUCAUCCUGGUCAAUAACUCCAUUUCCAACAUGAAGUUCCCUCAUAAAAUGGUUCUUUCUUUACAAAAAUGCUUCUAGUCAUAGAUCACCAACCAGCUACUUUCUUACAUUUUAACUGUGAUGGAAACUGUCUGUUAUAUCAUGUUGGGCAUGAAAAUACGGAGACUUCCUGUUACUAUGCUGGAACUGACCACAGUUACUUUUAGUAGUAAAAGGAACAAAACCAUUUGUAUAGUAAACAGUGAGGUCAAGAAAGAGCUUAAAUAAAGAUAUUACUCUCA